UUUUUGUCAACUUCCAACUUUCUCUCUACUCUCUCCCUAUCAUUUUUCUUGAUUUAACUUUGUGGGUUUGAUCUCCAUGAACAAGUCUCAAUGGAUACCUAUUAUUGUGCUAAGGGUCAUAGCUAUGGCUUCAACUUUUGUAGCCGCUCUUCUUAUGCUCACAAGCCAUGACUCGGCCAAAGUCUUGGGUAUGACCUUUCAAGCCAAGUAUAACAACUCGCCCACUCUCAAGUAUUUUGUGAUCGUUUGCAUUAUCACAACAGUUUAUAGUUUGGCAACACUUUUCAUUCCUCCCAAGAAGUCAUGGCGUCCGGUUCUUGUUCUCGAUGUGAUUGUAACGUCAUUUUUGAUAUCAAGCUUCUCGGCGGCGGUUGGAGUAGGCCAAUUGGGGAAACAAGGGAACUCGCAUGCCGGUUGGCUUCCAAUAUGCGGCCAAGUUCCUAAAUUUUGUCACCAUGUUUCGGCGUCUCUAAUCGCAGGAUUUGUCGCAGUUAUAUUUUACUUUUUGCUUCUUCUUUUCUCCCUUAACAAUGUUCUUAAUCUUGUUGCUUUUAAAGCUUAAUUAUAUCUCCGUUAUAUUAUUCUAAGAAUCUUUUUAUACGUUUGAAGGAUGUUUAAAG